AUGGGCCACCACAACCGUCAUUUUGCGGGUGAUGCCCAUGUGGGCAUAUGGGGUCCUCCAACGAGCGCCGCAAACUUUUGUGAAGAGGACUACGCUGUGACAAGGUUCAUCGCAGAGUUCAUGAAUACGCUUUCCAACCUUGCCUAUGUCUAUUUUGCAUUCAAAUACCCAGGCCGUUCUACACAGGAGACAUCAACGAUAAGCCGCCUGGACUCGCUCUCUUGGGGUCUCUUACUGGUUGGCCUAGCAUCUGGCGCAUUCCAUGCCACUUUACGCCAGGGACCGCAGUUUGCCGAUGAUUUAUCCAUGCUCUUCCUUACCGGAAUCAUGAUGCAGUAUAUCUACUGCCAAAAUCAACCUGCCGGCCUAUCACGAGUCAUUGCCGCAGCAGUGUGGUUCAGCGUGGCCAGCGCGUCGCUCGUCUACGUGCACUCGGGCGACAUUAUCAUACACAUGUCGGCAUUCGGAGCCUCGGUGGCCCUGAUUGGCGUGAGACUGCUCCAGUUGAUAUACCGCCGGCAGCGGCCUGAGCAGGAAACGGCCGAGCUCGCGGCCCGGUUCUGGACGGGCGCGGCCUACUUGGCCGCCGCCUUUGCCGUGUGGAACGCCGACCUGGAGCUCUGCGUGCCGCUGCUGCGGGCCCAGAGGCAGCGCGUCGGGUGGCCGUGGGCCCUGGCCCUCGAGCUCCACGGUUGGUGGCAUGUUCUGACUGCCGCAGGAGCUGCGCAAAUGAUUCAGCUGGUCAGAUCCCUGUGCAAUAAUGACCAAAACGGAAGGAAAUGUCAGCCCAAUAAAGAAGGCAGUCGCCGACAGAGAGCUUCUCCACCCUCGUCAGCCUUGCACCGGGGUAUUCUGCCCAAGGAAUCUCAAGCUGACCUUGAGCGCAUUGGAUCCUCGAGAUGA